AACAGGUUUCUUUAUUAACAGGUUUUUGAGGUUUCUCGUCUCUUUUAGGCAUCAAAAUGUCCACCAGCACAAAGUAUUUCAUGAAGAUAGAAGAUGCUCCAUUUGAGAAUGGAAUCAUUAAUGAUGACAUGUUUCAAGCAAUUGACCUGUUUCGGAAAUAUCUCCUAUCAAAGGCACAACACAGCAUCAGAGGAAAAACCAACAUGGAUGAAUCAGAAGCAAUCAUCAAGAAAAGGUCUCCACCACGAGGCCUGGUGCCACUAAUGCGCAGCAAAAACCUCAGCUGCCGUGCUUCUCUUCUGGAACAGAAGUUGCUUCCAGGAAUUGGGCUUGAUGGAAUGCAAUCAAGUUCAACAGAUGAGAAGCCUUCAAAAGGACAGCUGACAAUCUUCCAUGCUGGAACUAUUAAUGUGUAUGACAAUGUUUCCAUUGACAAGCCUAUUAUUGAGAUCACCAUUGCAGGCUCAAGCCAUAAUGCUUCUUGCUGGAGAAAGCUCUUUAUUAAAGCCUAUAUCAGAUGAAGAACCGGAAACAGAAGCAAGAACGCCACAUUAUCCGACCAACCUUGAUUCUGUAGCAUGCAAGCUGCAAGCUAGAAACCUUGCCGACGCUGAUCUUCCGAUGGCAAGAAAGCUUUCCCUCCAAC